CGGUCAUUUGAUGUUCUUUCAGAUUUAGCUGUGGGAGAAAUGGGUCUCAGUCAAUAUGUUCAUUGUGUAUUGCUGUGUUGUUCUCUAGGUCCAGGUUUCUGUUCAUUACGCUAUGGGCUGGCUGUCAUCAUGCACUUCUCAAACUUCACCAUGAUAACCCAGCGUGUGAGUCUGAGCAUUGCAAUUAUUGCCAUGGUGAACAGCACUGAGGAGCACAAUAUGUCUAAUGUCUCCACAGAGGGACCCCUUACAGAUGCCUUCAAUAACCCCAGCAGAUCCAUCAAGGAAUUUAAUACAGGGGCCUCUGUGUAUGAAUGGAGUCCAGAAACUCAGGGCAUCAUCUUUAGCUCCAUCAACUAUGGAAUAAUAUUGACUCUGAUCCCAAGUGGAUAUUUAGCAGGAAUAUUUGGAGCAAAACAUAUUCUUGGUACUGGUUUACUGAUCUCUUCUCUUCUCACCCUCUUCACACCAUUGGCAGCCAACUUUGGGGUGAUUUUGGUCAUUGUGAUUCGGACAAUCCAGGGCAUGGCCCAGGGAAUGGCAUGGACAGGUCAGUUUACAAUUUGGGCAAAAUGGGCUCCCCCACUGGAACGAAGCAAGCUCACUACCAUUGCGGGAUCAGGGGUAGCAUUUGGCUCCUUCAUCAUCCUCUGUGUGGGGGGACUUAUUUGCCAGGCCUUGGGUUGGCCUUUUAUCUUCUAUAUCUUUGGUAGCAUUGGCUGUGUCUGCUGCUUCCUGUGGUUCGUGGUGAUUUAUGAUGACCCCAUGCAUCACCCAUGCAUUAGUGUCAGGGAAAAAGAACACAUCGUGUCCUCACUGGCUCAACAGCCCAGUUCUCCUAGACGAUCUGUCCCGAUAAAGGCUAUGGUCAGAUGCCUACCACUUUGGGCCAUUUUCAUGGGUUUUUUCAGCCAUUUCUGGUUAUGCACCAUAAUCAUAACAUACCUACCUACGUACAUCAAUUCUGUGCUCCAUGUUAACAUUCGAGAUAGUGGGGUUCUGUCCUCCCUACCUUUUAUUGCUGCCUCAAGCUGUACGAUUCUAGGAGGUCAGUUGGCAGAUUUUCUUCUGUCCAGGAGUCUUCUCAGACUAAUCACCGUACGAAAACUCUUUUCGUCCCUAGGGCUCCUUCUUCCAUCACUCUGCGCUGUGACAUUGCCCUUUGUGACUUCCAGUUACAUGACAACCAUUGUUUUGCUGAUACUUAUUCCUGGGACCAGCAACUUGUGUGACUCGGGUUUUAUCAUCAACACCUUAGAUAUCGCGCCCAGAUAUUCAAGUUUCCUUAUGGGCAUCUCAAGGGGAUUUGGGCUCAUCGCAGGAAUCAUCUCUUCCACUGCCACUGGAUUCCUUAUUAGUCAGAAUUCUGAGUCUGGAUGGAGGAAUGUGUUUUUCCUGUCGGCUGCUGUCAACAUGUUUGGUCUGGUCUUUUACCUCAAGUUUGGACAAGCAAAAAUCCAGGACUGGGCCAAAGAGGAGAACCUCACUCGCCUCUGAGGAUAUCACAUUAUAAACUGAUGUGCAGUAGUGACCGCUAACUUUUCAACGUUUUUUGUACUACUGUAAUUGCCAUUUUUUCUUUGUACCCUUGGCCUUAGGCUCAGCAGUUCUCAACACUGGUUUUGUGUUAGGUUUCCCUGGGGUCGUCUCUAAAACUUACAUAGUCCUGCUCCAGAGAUUCUGAUUGAAUUGGUUUGGGGUGGGAUCCGGAUAGCACUAAUUUUUAGACAUUCCUCAGGGUUUUCUAACAUGCAGCUAAGGUUGAGAACUACUGGACAGACUUGAAAAGUCAAUUCCUGUUGUCUUUGAAUUUUUCUCUCUGGAAAGUAUUAGAUGAACAAAAAUCUAUGUGAACAUAAUCAUGGGGGUGGUUAUGGACACAGAGAAGACCCGCUGUGAAUUGUAGCUACAUGUUACCGAACUCAGAAUAGAAUUUUAAGGCUGAAGUUGACAGAAUUGACAUUUUAAGUCUUGAUUUUUAAAAUAUAUAUAUAUAUAUAUUGGGAAACAUGGGUGUUUAUUUAUGUGAUUAAAUUCUAUUAAAAUUCUAAAUGCUAAAAUUAAAUAUACCUUUUUCUAA